GGGCUGGAGCGGGCCUGGCCGGAGGCCCGCGCCGCGCCGCUGGACGCCUUCUUCCUGGCGUGGCCGGCGCAGCCCGCGGUGGCGCUGGUGUGGGAGAGCGGCCUGGCGGAGCUCUGGGGUGCCGACCUGGGGUCCGCCUGGAGGCGGCUUCACGCCACCGAACUGUGUCCGCGCGGCGCAGUCCGCGUGGUGGCAGCGGUGGCGCCGCGGGGCCGCCUGGUGUGGUGCGAGGAGCGCCCGGGCGCGGGCGGACGCCGCGUGUGCGUCCGCACCCUAGAGCCUGGCGGCGAGACUGGUGCCCGCCUGGGCCGCACGCACGUCCUGCUGCACCACUGCCCGCCCUUCCACCUGCUGGCCUCGCGCAAGGACGUCUUCCUGGGCCCCACUGCCUCCACCUGGCCGGGUGUGGCCCACAUCCUGCUCGCUUGGAACCCGAGCAAGGGCAAGGUGAUGGUGGCUGCCCCGCGUCUCGGCCUGUCCUACAGUAAAAGCCUGAAUCCCAAGCACGGGGAUACCUGGGACUUUAGAACCCUGCUCCGAAGCUUUCCUGGGCUGCUCUCCCCCGGAGAGCCGCUGGCCGUCCAUACCUGGGCCCCGACUCCCCAGGGCCUUCUGAUGCUGGACUCCAGGGGCACGGUGAGCCUCGUGCAGGCCCAUGGUGGUACGCGAACUGUGAGCGCCCUGCAGGAGGCCCCUGUAGGUCUGGAGGGCUCUGCAGCCCUGGGAACGUUCCAUGGCACUCUGGCCUGUGUGCUAGGCUCCACCUUGGAGCUUCUGGACUUGGGCACCGGGCGGCUGUUGGAAAGGAAGGUCCUCAGUACGGACAGAGUCCAUUUGCUCGAACCCGCAGCCCUUGCGAUGAAGGACAGAGAAGAACUACAGACACGAGGGGGCCUUCAUUUGCUUUCAGCUUUGGGUCUGUUUCACGUAGGCUGGGAAGCCCCUCAGUCCCUUGAGCUGCCUUCAGCCACCGACCUGGUGUUCGAGGAGGCCUGUGGGUACUACCAGCGGCGAAGCCUGCGGGGUGCCCAGCUCACUCCAGAGGAACUGAGGUACAGCAGCACAUUCCAAGCACCUCAAGCCCUCGCCUCCAUCCUCCAGGGCCACCUGUCCCCACCUGCACUGUUGACUACCCUAAAGGCUGAGCUACGGGAUUACCAGGGCCUAGAGCAGCUCAAGGCCCAGCUGGUGGCAGGGGAGGAGGAGGAGGCUGUCUGGACGGAGCUGGCCCACCAAGAGGUAGCCCGCCUGCUGAGGACCGAGUUGACAGGAGAGCAGCUUGCCCAGCUCCACACUGUCUUCCAGGCCCUUCCUUCCGCAGCCUGGGGUGCCACCCUUCGUGCCCUGCAGCUCCAGCCAGAUGGGAAUGGCAGGCUGAGCUCUCAGGCUCCCCCUGAUGUGUGGAGAAAGGUGCUAGGAGGUGCAGCACCAGGAAGGGAACUCCCCACUGGGAUUCUGCCUGCCUUUGAACUCCUGUGCCAGUGCCUGUGCCGCCUGGAGCCUCGGUGGCUCCCCGCCUUCGUGGAGGUGGCCCAGCAGCAGGGCGGGCCAGGCUGGGGAGCUGGAGGUCCAGGGCUGCCCCUCUACCGCAGAGCCCUAGCUGUUCUAGGUGAAGAAGGGGCCAGACCUGAGGCACUGGAGAUAGAGCUGCUUUUGGGCAGCAGGCGGCCCAAAGCUGUGCUGCAAGCCGUGGGGCAGCUGGUGCAGAAGAAGCAAUGGGAGCGGGCUCUGGAGGCUGGCCUGGCCUUGGGGCCCUCCAGCCCCCUGCUUCAAAGCGAGAUCUUCAAACUGCUGCUGGCAGAGUUUGCACGGCACCGCCAGCUGGAUGCCCACCUCCCCCUUCUCUGCUGCCUGUGCCCACCAGAACUGGCUCCAGAUGAGAUCCUGCUUCUCCUGAGAGCACACCUCCCAGAUGAGGGGGGACCCCCCACCCCAUUUCCUGACCCUGGGGCAGAGCCCCCUCUCACCGUGGGGUUGCUCAAAACCUUGCUGGAGCAGACUGGGGCUCAAGGACGGCCCUCCGGCCCAGUCCUAGGCCUGUAUGAAGACAUCUUGUGGGAUCCAGGCACUCCACCUCCUACCCCACCUCGGGGACCUAUGACUGUGCUGCAGACAGUGGAGCAGCCAGGCUUGGAGGCCUAGGCACCCUCUAGAAAGGCCUUGUGCGUGAUUGGCAUGGGAAAUCCUCUGAACACUGUGAUCAGGGAAGUGUACCUAGGAGUAGGAGGGGCCAGGGCAGGACCUGUGUGUACAAUUCCCUUCUCUCCUGCAGUGGUUUUUUUUAAAUAUAUGUAAAUGUCAAUAUGCAUACCAUUUUUGUGGUUUUUGAACAACUGAGGGUCUCAGAGGGUUGUGGAUUAUAGAGGGAGUGGCUGAAUUUGGCUCUUUUGUUAAAGCAGCCACUUCCAGUCAUAAAGUUAACACUUAGGAGCAUGUUAUUU